GGUAAUAUAACCUACACAGCAGAAACUGUGAGAGUGAGUGAGAACACACAUCCGUGGCGAGUAGCCUGCUGGAGAUGAUGAAGACUGAGAGCGUGUUGCCUCCUCUGGGCACAGCAGCUGCCCCUGUGCCAGAGAUGCUGUGUGUCUUCGGUACGGGGGACUUGGGGCGCUCUCUGGGCCUGCGUCUGCUGCAGUCGGGCUACGGGGUGGUGUACGGCAGCCGCAGACCUCACAGCUGUGGCCCCUUGCCUCAGGGAGCUCAGGUGAUGAGCCACGCGGCGGCAGCCCAAUCUGCCAGUUUGAUCUUUAUCUGCGUUCACAGAGAACACUACGGCUUCCUGGAGACGAUGGCACAUCAUCUUGACGGGAAGGUGCUGGUGGACCUCAGUAACAACCUGAAGAAAGACAUGUACCCAGAGGCCAACGCCACCUACUUGCAGAGACUGGUCCCUGGAGCUGCUGUGGUGAAAGGACUCAACACGCUGUCUGCCUGGGCUUUGCAGAACGGACUUCUGGCAGGAAAACAGGUGUACCUGUGUGGGAACAGUGCAGAAGCAAAGCGGGCGGUAGCAGAGCUGUCCACUAAGCUGGGCCUCUCGGUUCUGGAUAAAGGGUCUCUGUCAGCAGCCAAAGAGCUGGAGGACUUUCCCCUGCAGCUUUUCCCAGAGUGGAGGCUGCCGCUGCGCGUGGCCGUCGGCCUCACCGCCUCCUUCUUCUUCUAUCUGCUCAUUAGAGAUGUCAUCUACGCAUAUGUUGAAGAGGGGAAAGACAUCUCCUACCGAAUCACAGUCUCCCUUGGCAACAAGGUGUUUCCCAUUGUGUCCCUCAUCAUGUUGUCUCUGUGCUACCUGCCUGGUGUCAUAGCUUCCUUCGUUCAGCUCUACAGAGGAACCAAAUACAGGCGCUUCCCUGAUUGGCUUGACCGCUGGAUGCGGUGUAGGAAGCAGAUGGGUCUGAUUGCACUGGCCUUCGCUUUUCUCCACGCCAUCUAUACAUUCGUGACUUCCACCCGCUAUUCUGUCAGGCACAAACUCAUCUCGCUAGUGGUGGAUGAGACGAACAACAACAAAACCACCCCGCUUUACUUUGAUAACACCGAGGCAUGGGGUCAAGACUCAUUCUAUAUGCUGGGAGUCCUGGGCUUCUUUCUUUUUGUCCUGCUAGGACUGACAUCCCUGCCCUCGGUGGGAGGCUCUCUCAGCUGGAGAGAGUUCAACUUCAUACAGGCUACGCUGGGCCACUUGACCCUGUUCAUAUGUACGACGCAUGGCUACAUCUACGCCUGGAACAAAUUUCUUCGUCCCUCUACCUACAAAUGGUACACCCCUCCUGGCUCCAUGCUCUGUCUGAUUGUGCCCUCUGUGGUGCUCGUGCUGAAGGCCCUGGUCCUCCUCCCCUGCGUGGAUCGAACCCUGACCCGUAUCCGACAAGGCUGGGAACGGACGCAGCCAGACGGGGAGAUAGAAAAGGCCACCGACUUGUGAACUCUCAGGCGUUAUUUUUAAGGUGAAAAACAAAUCAAUUAUACAUUACAAAUAGUAAUAGAAAUACCGAUGAUAAUAAAUAAAAAAAUAUUCCUCUUUCUAUUAAUUUUGUAAAAUGCAAAUGAAUCUCUUAGUAUUCAGGUUGGGAUGUAGAGUGAGUAAAAGUAAAAGUUUCAUUUCGUGCAUUGUUGUGUCGUUUGAUCAGUCGACGAUGCUCUGAAUUCUAAAAUCAGUCAAACGAAACAAUUUAUUUCAGUCAAAUGGACAGGUGUCCCUGGAUAAUGUUUAUUUUCUUUGAGCUUUGAAAAGAAAAUCAGAUUUGAUGUUUGUUCCGUAUCUUUUUCACCCAAUGUGGAGAAAAAUGGAUUGAUACCUUGCGCUGAACCAUUGUUCUGAUGAACAUAAGCAUCAGUUUCCGCUUACCUCUCUCCUCUCCCUUCAAGUUAUUCCGCUGAGGUUGCUUUCUUUUUUUGCAAGAGCAGUGGAUAACAGAACGACUGAGGAGGAGGAACGGGUGUUACAUUCCUAAAACAGGACCACACAGGGCUUCACGUAAAACCAUUAAAAACAGUUAAGAACAUUGAUACAAGGAAAACAUUUUUUUUUAAAGUCAUUAAAAGGAUAAAAACGUUAAACGUUAGACGUUAAAAGAUUUCAGAUAGAAUAAAAUUGUAUGUAAUGUAAUUUAAGAAUGUCUUUAAGAAUUCCGACUUGCAGAAACGGUCGAUUAAAGGCAACAGCAAACAGAAAAGACUGAAAAUCUGGAUUGACAGGAGCUGAGGGACUCAGCAGACCUCUUCUGGGACUUUGUUCCAGAUGUGUGGAGCAGAAAAACUGAACGCUGCUUCUCCGUGUUUAGUUCUGACUCUGGGAACAGAAAGGAGACCCGUCCCAGCUGACCUAAGGGUUCGUGGUGGUUCAUAAGGUAUCAUCUGAUCAGAAAUGUACUUUGGCCCUAAAGCAUUAGGGCCAAAGUAUUAGCAGAAUGUAGGUUAGUAGUUUGUCAAUAGCCGGUGACUUGAUCAGCAGAUGAGUCCAUAGUGUCAGCCGGUGGCACAAAAUAGCGGGUGUGGAAGAAUUGGAUAUGUUAGUUUGUACAAACCUAUUCAGACGAUCCAGUGUAGGGAGGAGAGGAGGAUGGAUCAGCUGCCUCCAUGACAGAGACUGGUGCUACAAGGGAAAUAUUAAGUGCCUUUUCUGCUAGAGCUGUUGAGAAGCAAAGCAGCAAGAAUAUGGAAACAUGGGAACGUUGGAAACGUGCUUCCAGCCUUGAGUUUCAAUUCUAUGGACAGAGAUAAACUGUCAAAUUUAUGGGGAAAGAAACAGACAAUUGAAAAGUUCAACCAGGAGUCUGAAUCUGUGACAUUUACAUUUGGAUAUCAAAUGGAGGUUUAAAAUCAAAUGUGCACUGCCAAAUUAUGGACGUUGUUUUUUGCUUUGUAACAACAUGAUUUUGAUAUUAAAUUACUGAAAUUAAAUUACCAUAACAGAAACUUUGGUUUUGUUAUGUCUUUAAAUAGUUAAACGCUGUGUGAACAUUCAACACUUAAAGAAAUGUCUGUCAAUCUGUUGCAUUCAUAAAACCGUAACAAGCUG